AUUCAUUCGGUGCCCGCCAGUGAUAAUACUUGUGUGUUUGUAACUCGAGGAAUAUUGGUUCAAUAUCACUAAACAAAUGUUUUGAUAACGCAAUGAUUCUCGUCUAUUUAUUAGUGUCUUUGGGCCUUGCAGCGGUGACUGCUUCGCCAAACGGCCUCCAGGUGUUGUUCCCCGAACUGAACCGGCAGUACAGUUUCGUGGUGAAAACCAACUCAUCCUCGGGCAUCCUGGCACCGAGGGAAGGAAACUCCUUUUGGACUCUAGAAGGAAGACUGUUGGUCACUGUCUAUGAUAACUACACCAAAGUGAGAUUCAAGUUGGACGACUUGAAGACAUCGUAUCAAUCGGAAGAGGCGGCGGGUUUUUUGAAGAAGACUUGGGAAGCAGAGUAUCAGGCAAAUGGUUUCAUCAGCGGUAUAUACGUCGGUGAUGAACCCGUAUGGGCAACGAACAUGAAGAGAGCAUUAACCGUAAAUUUCCAAAUGAAGAAGGAAACUGGCACGUACGGAAGUUAUGAGCCGUGCUUGUACGAAAACUGCUUAAUGGUGUACACGGUUGUGGGUGAAAGCAUAAAGAAGUAUUGCAGCCUCAAGGUGUCCUCUGCCAAUACCGAACACAGUUGGAGCUCUGUGCCCUGGACCCAGGACUACGUGGAGAGAAAUGUUCCUGAGGUCGUGUCAACAUCGGAGCGGGUGUAUGAGUUUGAUGAGAAACGCGGGUUGAGUUGUAUGAGCAUGAAUGGAAACUUCCAGUACAAGAUACAUGACCACAUACUCUAUGUGGCUUCGGAACUUUCUUUAUAUUACGACAUGGACGUCCCCGUCGAAAGCAUAGAGAAGUUGGAUCUUUCUAGAAGAGAAAUACAAUAUGACGCCGGCGAUUACAGGAACCCAUCCAACUUCAUCAAGACGAUGACGCAGCGUGACCUGAAGAACAGGACUUACGAGAUACUUCUUAAAAUAGCGAAGAAAGGGAUCGAUGCGGACAACAUUGUGAAAAACGAAGGGCUGAUCCACACAAUGGAUUUUGUUGAUCUCCUUAACACGAUGUCGCAGUUAACCUACGAAUCCUUCAAGAGACUGUUCGAUGAACUGGUCCUGGGCACCAGCUAUGACCUUGAAACAGCCCGCAACAUUUUUUUGGAGGUUUUGCCGCACGGUCGCAGUGACGCUUGUGCAAGAUUUGUCAAGUAUUUGGUUAUUGAACAGAAGGAGAAAGUAGAAGAUGCGGCCCUUCUUUCUCUUCUGAGGAAGCUGCCUUACAAUGUCGCCGAUUACAGUCAGAAUCUUCUAGAAGAAUUGGAAGUAUUCUCCAAGCUAGGACCUGACUUCCCACAGCAGAUCCGACACGCUGGUAUCUUGUCCUUUGCGACUCUCACAUCGAAGACCAUGGACGCUUCGUUGGUCAAGCAGGAUUACUUCGACAAUAUAGUGGUCAAGUACUUCAGAAUGUACAGUGAUUGUCCUCAAUACUUGGACCGUAUGGUUUGGCUACAAGGCAUGUGCACACUAGGUUAUACCGCUGAUUCGUACAUACGAACUAUAUACGGUGACUUCUCCAGGAACCGACAUGAGAGACUAUGGGCUUCGCUAGCUUGCGGUCCUGAAACUGCCAAGGGGUAUAUGGUCUUAGAAACAACUUUGCCUAUUCUCACAAAUGACAAGGAACACAUUCAACUCCGGGUCGCGGCUCUGCAUGCCCUUCUUAGCACUGAAAUAAGCGCCAGCGACUUUCUUUUCAUUCACAACUACAUCAAGAACUGCAAUAGCGAGCAGUUGAAGAGGUUCUGGUAUUUAACUGUGAAGACUUUAGAGAAGAAUAAAUACUUCCAUGGCUACAAAGCUGUGUCAUUCUACGUGCCGUUCAUUAGCAACCAAGUGACAAACCCAGGGUCGAAAUAUUGGGCGACAAAUAACGUGGUGUUCACUGUUGGAGACGACGAAGACACCGCAUCUGUGCAGUUCUUCAGCGUGGGCGAGGCGUAUGGACCUAUGCCUGCUAUGGGAGGGAUCAAAUUAUCUACGGGUGGAAGGAGACCGUACCAGCCUGCGGUGUAUUUCAUAGGAGAAGGACUUUCGUGGGUUUUGCUUAAGAAAUUGUUACAAUCGAGAAACGUUAGUGAAGGUGGCCUUAUUUCCAUGUUGGAGAAGCUAAAUGCAUGGAAGAUGAGGACACCGGAACCGGUUCAUAUAGACAUUGUCAUGAAAAUUGGUGACAAAACUGUUGUCGCAACACAUAUUAAUCAAUCUGAACUAGCACAGAACUACGAUGACAUAUUUAAGCUGAUAGACGACUUCCUGAAGUUUGGCAGCCAUAUAAACCAGCAAAUGGUCUAUUACCCUUUCCAAAUGGACUGGAACAUAGCUAGUGAGUUAGGAACCCCCGUAAGGUUGCAGAGAACAAUCGUCGGGUUUUCAUCAGUGAGAGGAAACUUGACAGCGCAUCCCGAUCCUAAACGCCUUACCUGGGAAAAUGAUCUUCAGUUAUCGUAUCAAGGAACUGCCGUGACUUCAUUAUCAACGGACGGGCCCAUCCUUCUAUCAGAACACACCACAAGGAUCCAGCAGUCUAUCGUGGCACUUCUCCCAAUGAAGUUUAAUGUGUCUUACCCAUUUUCCGAAAAGAAGAUAGAGUUGACACUACUGUUUCCGUUCACACAGCGUGCUGGCUUGGCUCUGCACUCACGUGUGUUGGUCAACAUGGUCACAAUUGACGGAAACUACGAGAAUGUUGUUAUAACCGGUAGAGAUACAUGCGAGAGAGACGAACCAGAGAGCAUUACCGACGACCGACCUAUAUCCGGGGCGGAAACGACUGACAAACUGAUGACCCAUAUUUUUGACUUACUCACUCCAUUGAAGUCCUCGCAUAUCGCUCUGGACAGCAUCCUUCUGUUCAAUUUCCCUCCAUCUGGGACCUGUGGUGCCACUAUCUUCGUCUCGAGCCUCAAGAACUACGGUGAAGGGAAAGUCAAAAUGGAGCUUGGAGUCAGUCGGUGGAACUUCUUAAGUGAAGAGGAUAAGAUCGACGUAGACUUCAGUUUUGCGAUUAGUUUCUACAUUUUAAAUAAAAACCACGAGGAUCCAGUUAUUAAAAUUUACUCGGAAACAAGCAUCAACAGUCAGGACGGCAACUUGACAGCGGAACUCGCCGUCAGGGGGAAACUUCCCGACACAUUCCAUAAUAUAAGCGACAGAUACAUAAGACUAUGCUACCUUCAAGAAGUGUCAACGCAGACAUCUGUCGACCAAGACUUGUAUUCCUUCCCAUCAGCGUAUCAAGGCCAAAUAAUUCUUCUUUUGGACUUCUCUAAGGAGUACCGUACUUGCUACGAGAGAGCAGAGAAUAAGCUCAAAAUAAGAUAUAAGGGCUCACCGAAGAACGUACACGGAGCCUUGGAAAGGCACGUUGAGUUCCAAAUAGAAGGGAAACAAGGCAUUGAUCUCGUGCGCCACGUGUUACCAAAGCGGGUUCUGGAGACGGCGAAGGAUCUAUUUUCAGGAACAUACGAUAGGGACUCAGUGAAUGCUGUUGCUGAAAUGAAGGAGAAGAAUGGUGUGAUACACGUGAAAGCGAAAAAUGGAAGCGAAGUGAAAUUCAAAUCAGAGAACUUGGGAUGGAUGUUGGACAGUUUCACAACGAUGCAAAUUAUGACGAAAUACGGUCUAUACCGAGAAUGUCGUGUCCAGGAGUCAACGGUGGAAACGCUCUUCGGCACCACCGAACCACUGCUGCCGCUCCAGCAAACUGACGCCAUAGCCUUGGCUGAUUGUUCGGACUUUUCCAGCUUUGCCGUACUACGUCAACAAAAUGGCGGCGUGAAAGUCCACGCUGGAGAAAACAGCAUCGUUGUUAGAGGUGGCUCGGCGGACAUAGCAACUGAUGUUCCAUACUUUAGAAUACGAACAAUUGGUGAUGGAGUCAAGAUAUCGUCAUUGUUGACCGGUGUGACCGUUUACGUGAGGUACAACGAGACUGUGAUCUUAGUGCCGCAUUCUUAUAUGGACGUGUUGUGCGGAGAAUGUGUGGGAAGAGACAGAAGCUAUUUAGAUUACGUAUAAUUACAUAGUCAAGGCGUUUGUUUAUGAACGCGUGUUUUCUUGUAACACUUCAUUAGCGUGAAAGUUAUGUGUAAUGUUUAUUUAACUAUUGUUUGUAAAAUAUAACUUUGUUAAGAUGAGCCAUUUUGUUUAUGAUUUAAUUUACAGAAUUAUAAUAUAAUGAAACCAAGUAUGUAAGUGGCUUACUGCGCAGUUGAAUAUCAAUUAACCUACCGAUAAUAAUAAAAAGAACUGUGAAUAUCC